CAUCAACACGGGCCGCUCCAUCCGGCCCCCGUUUCCAGGGCGACCGCUGCUGGGGCUUCUCUGAUUGGCCGGCCGACAUAAUGUAUCCAAUGAAACGCCUCCUGUUUGUAGCCAUUCAGCAGCCUGGCGCCGCAGAGAGCACAACGAGCUAGAGCCCGCACCGCGUCUAUUCACACCGCAGACAGAGGGGCAACAGGCGGCAUCCGCAGGCAGAAAUAAACAAGCAUAACCUGCACGGUUCCCACCCAGAGAGACCCCUCUUCCCCACCUUUCUACUGCACUGGAUCUCCAAAAAGGAAAAUAGAGGUGGAAGAGCAGUUGCGCUCGGAGCCGUGGAGUUACAUGAGCAGAGGAAGCGUCAGGGCCGGCGUGACUCAUUGAUAAAUAACACGGUCUCUCUCCGGCCAGAUGCAUGAAUGACUGCCAGAGUAGGCAACCCGCUCUCGGGAAAUCUGUGAAGGAGACCCGCGUUUGUAUUGAUCCGUCUCAUGCCAAAGCGCACGGGACAUUGAAGGACACUUGGAGAGACAAUUUAUUUGUCUGAUUUAGACUUUUUUUUAUAUUUCAGUCGCUUGUGUUGCUGAGGCCCCUCCAAGCAGCGGACUGAAGAAGAAACCCCAGACAAUUUUUUUGGUUUUCUUGCCUCCUUCCCGCUGCAGCCAAACCUCGCUUCUUCAAAUCAUUUUUUUUUUUUUUAACUCCUGCUUAUAAAUGCUUGACAAACUCAAGCCAGUCGUCCAGCUCGACUCUGUAAUGGCGAUCAGCAAGACGGUGGGCUGGCUCCGGGAGCAGCUGGAGACGCGCAGGGACGGCCUGCUUGUGAUGGACUGCCGUGCCCAGGAGCUCUACGAAUCGUCGCACGUCGACACGGCCAUCAACGUGGCCAUACCGAGCCUCAUGCUCCGCCGGCUCAAGAAGGGCAACCUGCCCGUGCGGUCGCUGCUCUCCGACGGAGAGGACCGGGAGAGGUUCGUGCGGCGGUGCAAGACGGACACCAUCGUGUUGUACGACGAGUACAGCCGGGAGUGGAACGAGAACGUGGACGGGGGCUCUGUGUUGGGUUUACUGCUGAGGAGGAUGAAGGACGAAGGCUACAAGGCCUAUUAUCUGGAGGGUGGCUUCAGUAAAUUCCAGGCCGAGUAUCCAACUCUGUGCGAAACCAACCUGGACGGCUCCUCUAACAGCAGCUCCCCCACCGCCCAGGUGCUGGGCCUCGGCGGGCUGCGGAUCAGCUCCGACUCCUCGGACAUCGAGUCGGACAUUGACCGGGACCCGAGCAGCGCCACAGACUCUGACGGCAGCCCGCUGUCCAACCCGCAGCCCUCCUUCCCGGUGGAGAUCCUGCCGCACCUCUACCUGGGCUGCGCCAAGGACUCCACCAACCUGGACGUGCUGGAGGAGUACGGCAUCAAGUACAUCCUCAACGUGACUCCCAACCUGCCCAACCUCUUUGAGAACGCAGGGGAGUUUAAGUACAAGCAGAUCCCCAUCUCGGAUCACUGGAGCCAGAAUCUCUCUCAGUUCUUCCCCGAGGCCAUCGGCUUCAUUGAUGAAGCGCGAGGUCAGAAGUGCGGCGUCCUGGUCCACUGCCUGGCCGGCAUCAGUCGCUCUGUGACAGUAACGGUGGCCUACCUGAUGCAGAAGCUCAACCUGUCCAUGAACGACGCCUACGACAUCGUCAAGAUGAAAAAGUCCAACAUCUCGCCCAACUUCAAUUUCAUGGGCCAGCUCCUGGACUUUGAGCGCACGCUGGGCCUCAAGAGCCCGUGUGACAACCGCAUUGCGGCGCCGAGCCAGCAGCUCUACUUCACCACCCCGACUAACCACAACGUCUUCCAGCUGGACCCCCUGGAGUCCACGUGAGGUCUGCCGACACCACCCUCUCCUUGCUGGAGGUUUCAUGGGCCUCCUGUUGGAAAAGCUGCAAAAAGUUUCUCUUUUUUCCGUCGCCUGCCGCGGGACCAGGCUUUUGACGUUAUUGAUAAAGCUGGUUUGAGGCAACUGCUGCUGAGCGUGGUUACUGGAGGGCCAAAGCCGUCUGGCCAAGAGGCAGCCGCUGACUAAAUGAGGAAAGACAGUGAAAGAGACAUAGACAGAAAAGAGGACGAGAGUGCAGAUACUUUCUUCAAUCUUAUAUCACUGUUGGACUCCUGAGGUCUUUUAUCUCUUUUUGUCAUUGUUUCUGAGGAAAGUUAAAGUGAUCCGUCGGACAGAUAUACUGUACGUUACGCUUCAAAGCUCCUGGGCUGGUGUGCCAAAGAGACAUGACUGUUCAAACCGGACAGAUCUAAAAAUGACACCCUUUUUUAUGUUUGUUUUGGGGUAUAGCACUGGUUCCCCCAAGACAUCAAGGUGCGUUGUCUCCUUCGUCUUCUGUGAAGACUUGCCUGUGUGGGGUUGAAGCACCCCAGCUUUAAAUGGCACACUAUAUACUGGACUUGAUUUUACAUUUGUGGAGUCUUUUCACACAUUUAUACAUGAUGUAUAUAUCUUAAUAUAAAAGACAAUACAAUAAAAGCCUUGUUCUAGUAUAAACCCUUUGCAACAAGUGGGUACUGAAGAUUCUCUUUGUUUCAUAUUCUACUUUUAUGUAAUCAAACAAACUGCAUAUUGAUCAGUAUGUUGAAGUUGAUUAUGCCAAAAAUCAAGUAGGCUUUCUAAGAAUUGUGCAAAAAUGUGUACACGUGUAAUAUAUUUGAUAAUUGCUUUAUGUGUGAAUUCAGCCGACGGGCCUUGUUUUUGCACCCACCCUCCCACAAAUCAAAGUCACCUUGGUAGUUUGCCUUACUUUUGCGCCCCGGAAGGUUUUUACUGCGCAUUAGCCUUCAGAGAAAUUCACCAAUUUUCUCAACUCUACAGCACACAAAAAGUCAACCAAACCUUGAGCAGUUUUCAUAGCAGUGUUUAAUUUGGCACCACAUAAAAGAUAGCAUAUGCAAGUUUGAGUCAGCAUGGCCUCUCUGAAGGUUAAUGUGAGUAAUCCUGAUAUGUGCACAAGGGUUAAAAGUCUCUGACAUGUGGACAAAGUAGGAGGCUUUGCUCACCUCGCCUCUUCAGGGAAAACUCUGUGAAAUACAGUUUAUAUUUGUCAAGAUGAGAGAAAAGCAUUGUGUUGCUCCCUCCGCAGAGAAGGCCUCUUUCCAGAGGAAGCCAUCUUGGUGACCUCUGCCAACCCCCUCCACACUCCUCUCUUACGAAUGUAAAGAAAUUAUAAGUUAUUAAUAAAUUGCUAUUUUGUCUACA